AUGAGGUUAAAGCAUAUGUGUGUGAGAAGCAAGGAGAACAAGAAGGUCACUGCAGAGUUCAUUGUAGAGAGGUACCUUGAGGAGUUUAGAAGUAACCCAACCUGGAAAAUUAAGCAGAUCAGGGAUAGGGUGCUGCAAGAUCUUAGGGUUCAAGUGACCUACUACAGAUGUUGGAUGGCUAGAUGUAGAGCUAAGUUGAUAAUUUUUGGUUCAGCAACAGAGCAAUAUGCAAGGGUAUGGGAUUAUGGGAAGGCAAUAAUGAGAUACAACCCAGGGUCUGGUUGUAAUGUGGUGGUAGAUGGCAUUGUUUAUGAGGAUGUUUUUAUGUUUGAGGCCUUUGAAAGAUGGAUAUUAGUUGUAGUGUCCAAAGAUGGGAACAACAACAUUUACCCUAUUGCUUGGGCAACCUGUGAGGCUGAAAAUAGGGAGACUUGGGUUUGGUUUCUGGAAUCACUAAUGCACAGCCUUGGGAGUGCAGAUGGCUCUGGCUUCACCUUCAUGUCAGACAGGCAGAAGGGACUAGUUGAAGCCCUAGCUGAAGUUGUGCCAAGUGCAGAAACAAGGUUCUGUGUUAGGCACAUUUGGUCAAAUUUCAAGCUGAAGUUCAGUGGAUCAAUGUUCAAGGAGCUUUUCUGGAGUGCUGCAAGAGCAACAACACAUCUUGAGUUUCAGAUUCAAAUGCAAGAGAUAAGGGAGCUUAAUGAGCAGGCUUAUCAGUACUUGAACAACAUCCCCACUCAACACUGGUGCAGGCAUGCAUUCAGUGAUAGUUGCAGGUCCAACAUGUUACUAAACAACAUGUGUGAGACUUUCAACUCAGUUAUUAGAGAUGCAAGAGAUAAACCUAUCCUCACCCAAAUGGAAUGGAUGAGGAGGGAUGACACUUUUGAAGUGCAGCUGAAUGAUGACCAAGUUCUAGUUGACUUGGAGAAUGGAACUUGUUCCUGCAAUCAUUGGCAGUUGAUAGGCAUCCCAUGUGUUCAUGCCUUUGCAUGCAUUAUGGACCAAAGGAGUGAUGCUGAGCAAUAUGUGCACCCCUUUUACAGUAUGGAGAGCUACAGAGCUGCAUAUGAGCCUGCAAUUCAACCAAUGCCAGGCCCAAAGCACUGGGAGACAAGGGGGCAGCAAAGAGCACAGAGAAGGAAGAGUCAGUGCAAGAGCUGUGGUGGAUUUGGCCACUAUGCCAAGACUUGCAAGCGCCCAACUGUACCUGAACCCACUGAUGAAAGAACUGCAGGAAGGCCCCCUUUAAACUCACCAUGGGUUGUUGAGCAAAGGAAGAAGAGUGAGAUUAAAGCUGCUAAGAAGAGUGCAGUAGGGGCUAGUCCAAACAGCAUUGGGAACAAGACCUUUCCUUAA